AUGAAGCGCGCUGCUCUACUUGUCUUCAUUCUCAACUUCUAUUUUGUCUUCUCUCAGAAUCCUCAUGAAAUAUCCUAUUUUGUCGGCUGCUUUGAUUAUGGCAACACCGACAUACAGGCUGAGUUUGAUGGAGAUCAGAUUUUAUACAUUGAUUUCCAAAAGAAGGAGAUUGUGUUCACUGUGCCAGCUGUUAUAGUUCCGGAUCCAGAAAAACUUUUGGGAGGAUUUCAUAUCCUGAAAGAUGCUAUAGAUAAUAAAAAAUUGUGUCAAGUUGCAGCAGAAUUGCUUGAAUAUGAAAUGAAGCACUUUACUGAAGAAAAAGACCCUCCAGACAGCAAGAUCUUCCCCUCUAAAGAGGUAGAACCUGGGGUAGAAAACAGCCUCUUCUGCUUUGUGAAUAAUUUCUAUCCACCCUCCAUCAAUGUCAGCUGGACUAAAAAUGGCGUCCCGGUUAUGAGAGGAGUGUCUCUCAGUGACUACUCUCCUAAUAACGAUCAAACCUUCCGCCAGUUCUCAACUUUGACCUUCACACCGAGUGAGGGGGACAUUUACUCCUGCACCGUGGAACAUGCCGCACUGGAGACGCCGAAGACAAGAAUCUGGGAAGUUAAAUUUCACAGCGCAGAUCCAAGUCUUGGUCCAGUCAUUUACUGUGGAGUGGGUUUGGGUCUGGGAAUAAUGGGGAUCACUGUGGGAGUGUUUUUCAUUGUCAAGGGACGAGUGAACUGAUUAAUCUGAUGUUGAAGAUGUUUAACAUGAACGGUGGAGUAAAAAAUGCAUAUUUUCAUGUAUAACAGCAAUGAAAAAAAUCAUACUACACAAUUUAUCACCUUUAAACUCUAUGUAGCAUUUCUCUUGAACUUGCUUUAUCCGAUGCUUUACUAGACUGCAUAUUUGUAAAUAUUA